UAGCAGUGGUCUGACUCGUGGGAUAGUCUUUUGUGCUAACUAGGAAGUAAAAUGGAUUACGAUAAUGUUGAUGAUGACUUCGGCAUUUCGGAAGCCAGGCAACUCGUGAAAACAAGGAAUAGGAAGAAUAGAAAAUCUGGGGGUUUUCAAUCCAUGGGUCUCAGUGCAGCAACUUUCAACGGAAUAAUGAAGAAAGGUUACAAAAUACCAACUCCAAUUCAGAGAAAGGCUAUUCCUAUGAUUCUAUCUGGGCGUGACGUUGUUUCUAUGGCGCGUACCGGGAGUGGAAAAACAGCAGCAUUUUUGAUACCACUCUUUGAAAAAUUUCCAUGCCACUCACCUGCUGGUCCACGUGCUUUAAUCAUGAGUCCAACGAGAGAACUGGCUAUUCAAACCUUGAAUUUUACAAAGGAGCUUGGUAAAUUUACACCACUCAAGGCCACAAUAAUUCUUGGAGGUGACAAAAUGGAAGAGCAGUUUGCAGCACUUCACAAAUCGCCAGAUAUAAUUAUUGCUACGCCAGGGCGAUUUUUGCACGUCCUAAUGGAAAUGAACUUAUCGCUAAAUUCUAUUGAAUAUGUUGUGUUUGAUGAAGGCGACCGGCUUUUCGAACUUGGAUUUGCAGAGCAGCUUUCAGAAACUUUGAAACGUCUUCCACGUAGUCGUCAAACCUUAAUAUUUUCGGCAACAUUGCCUAAAAACUUGGUGGAAUUUGCACGUGCUGGACUAGUAGAUCCUAUUCUACUUCGACUCGACUUAAAUUCUAAACUGAGUCAAGACUUAAAGUUAGCACACAUAACUUGCCUUCCAGAAGAGAAGAAUAUAAUUCUUGUACAUUUAUUGGGAAAGGUGAUACACAAGGAUGAGCAAGCUGUAGUGUUUUUUGCCACCAAGCAUCAUGUUGAAUCCUUUCAAAUGUUAUUAACCGAUCUUGGCUUCGAAUGUACAUGCAUUCAUUCGGGACUUGAUCCAAGUGCAAGAAAUCUUUCUCUAAAGAAAUUUCGUUGUCGAACUGCUCGUGUGUUACUUGUAACAGAUGUUGCUGCAAGAGGUGUGGAUAUUCCUCAUCUUGAUAAUGUAAUUAAUUUCCAUUUUCCUGCCCAACCCAAACUCUUUUUGCAUCGAGUGGGUCGUGUCGCUCGUGCUGGUCGACGUGGGGUUGCUUAUUCUUUAGUCGAUCCCGAAGAGUUACCUUACCUAUUAGAUGUAUUCAUGUUUUUAGGUAAAGAGUGGAAAUAUUUCAUCCAAAAUUCUUCUCUUGAAUCAAUGAAGAAGGUUUGUGUCAAUGCGAUGAAGCGAUUCCUUCAAACUCGUCCAAAUGCAUCUUGGGAAUCUAUUCGACGUGCAAAAGAUCUAAGAGAUGCACAUUUUUCAUUGCCUGUUCACCAGAUUUUUGAUAAUUCAGCAGAAAAAGAAGAUGGGACAAGUAAUGAGAUAUUAGGUGUCAUACGACAACUCAAAUUGCCUACUAUAUUUGAAGCUUUGGGCAAACAUGUGAAUCCUGAAGCUUUUGCUACAAUGAUGAAGAAAAGAAAACUACAUGAUCACAUUAUAGCACGCCGUGCUGCUCAGCGAGCUGUAGGUCAAACCAACAAUGUACUGAAGAAUUUAGUAGAGAGAAAGGUCUCAUUAACGGACCAACUAGGUGCAUGUAAUGCUAAUGAUGAAAUGUCGGAUAAUUUGGAAAAUAUUGACUUCUUUGUCCCAUAUUCACGUGGUGAUGAAGCAACAGAGAAUGGAUUAUCAAUUAAUGGAACAAAAAGUCAAUUUUAUUUAGAUGCAGCAGCGGCUUCACUAGAUUUACCAAAUGAUGAAUCCCAAAAAGUCAAUGGUGGAGUUGCAGGAUCACAUAGUCGAAAGGUUGUUUGGGAUCGUAAACGCAAACGAUUUACUGGAAUGGAUGCUGCUCAAGGUAAAGCAAAUAUGAAACGUAUUAAAACUGAAAGUGGUGUAUGGAUUCCUGCAUCAUACAAAACAGACAAAUAUAAAUUAUGGCUUAAAAAAUCGAAGUCAGAUAUUAUACAGGAAACAAGCAAAAAUACAGAAGAAUCAUCCUCCUUUAUCGAUGCUUCAAAUACGCGUAAACGAUUUUCAAAGUAUGGUGAUGUAAUUGAAUUACCUGAUACAAAUGAAGUGACCGGUAAACAAAACCACUUUUUCAAAUCAUCGACAGGGCACAAGAGUAAAAAACAGCAAUUAACACCGAAAUUCACAGUAAUUGGAUCACAAAAAUGGCAAGACCGAGCAACUUCUCGACAGAAAGAACGUUUACAGAAUGCAGAAGAAAGGCAAAAAAUACGCAAACCGAAAGGAUCUCGAACAUUCGGUCAACUCAGGCUACCUGAGCAAAUAUUGAAGCAACGUAAAUUGCGCGAAAAACAGAAACAACGUGCUCAGAAAAACAGGAAUAAUAACCAGUCACACAAAAAACGGAAACAUUAAACUAGAAGAAAUGGAUUUAAAAUGGAAUUGCACAAAUUAUUCAAAUGAUUUUUUGUUGAUUCCGAGAUUAACUGAAGUGGAUUUUUGAUUGGUGUCAUUGUUUCAAUUGUGGUAAUCAGUGCGAAGGUUUCAUUUAAAAAUGUAGAUGAUUUAUUAUAAUUUUUAUGAUUAAUGUUAGAUGUUGUUAUUGUAUUCAGAUUGUUCAAUCGUUUAUUAACAGUUAAUUGUAAAUUUGUUCCAAACUGACAGAGAAGGUUGACUAAAUGUAUAUUAUUCUGUUGUCCAAGUGUUUGUGAAUCUGUCAAUUGUACCGCACAAGUACUGCCC